UCUGUGUUCAGUUGCAGCCUUUUGCUCCACAGAGAACAGAAGUGAACUCUUCCUGCAGAAACUCUGGUUGAUUCUUCUUUGAUCCCCUCAGCUUCAUCGUCACACCAGGAUGGACCAUCAUGACUGGCAGCGAGGUCGGAGCAGAGGUCACAGACACUGCGAUGAAGAUGAAGACCCACAGCCGUUCUACAUCGGUGUUCCAGUUUCCCACAGGAGAAAAAGACGCAGACAUCACUCCUACACCAGCGACACCGACCGCGAGUCACGACACACACGCUACGAUCACCCCGAGCACCACGAACACUCCCACCGAGGAUAUUACCCUGAUAGAGAGGAGCAGUAUGAUGAAGGCAGCGCAGAGGCUCAGGACCACACUGAUCUCACAGUGUCGCCAGCUGCGGAACGGCUGCGCCACAUCCUGGGGGAGGAUGACGGCACCCCGACACCCACCCUCUUCACUGAGAUGGACACGUUACAGCACGACGGGGAGGAGCUGGAGUGGAAAGAGUCUGCUAGGUGGGUGAAGUUUGAGGAGAAGGUGGAGGAAGGAGGAGAACGAUGGAGCAAGCCCCAUGUCUCCACCCUGACCCUCCACAGCCUGUUUGAGCUCAGGACUUGUCUGCAGACGGGAAGCAUCCUGCUCGACCUUGAAGGCUACUCACUGCCACAGAUUGUGGAGGAGAUUGUGGAUCGGCAGAUAGCCGACGGCCUCAUUCCUUUGGACCUGAAGGAGAAGAUCAUCUUUGUGUUGCUUAGAAAGCACCGGCAUCAGACCAAGAAACCCAUCCACCGCUCACUGGCAGACAUGGGGAAGUCCAACACGUCCUCCAACCGUAGUCCUCAGGUUAAUCUGAGUCGUAGUACUAGUUCAGCUUCUGGGAUCCACCGCUCCACAGAAGACCUACGCUCUCGGCAGUCAAGCAGCCUUGGCCGCCUGCAUCCCAAUCAGAGCCGCAGCAUGAAUGAUAUUUCUGACACGCCGAGCACCGACCAGUUAAAGAAUAAGUUCAUGAAGAAGAUUCCUCGAGAUGCUGAAGCCUCCAAUGUCUUGAUUGGUGAGGUGGAUUUUCUAGAAAAACCCUUUGUCUCGUUUGUACGUUUGGCUCAAGCCACGACCCUGGGAGGCCUCACUGAAGUUCCCGUACCAACUAGGUUUCUCUUCAUCUUGCUGGGACCUCAAGGGAAAACCAAGUCCUACAAUGAGAUUGGCAGAGCCAUAGCUACUCUCAUGGUGGAUGAUCUGUUUAGUGAUGUUGCCUACAAAGCCAAGGAACGUGAAGACCUGAUUGCAGGUGUUGAUGAAUUUCUGGACGAGGUGAUCGUGCUUCCUCCAGGAGAGUGGGACCCUAAAAUACGAAUCGAACCUCCCAAGAAAGUCCCAUCAGCAGAAAUGAGAAAGUCAGUGCUGAACCUGAAUGAGCUGGGUCAGAUGAACGGUUCGGCUGGCGGAGCAGCUGGCGGAGAAGAUGAGGAGCUUCCUGCUCCACAUGAGCUGGGAGAGGAGCUGAAGUUUACUGGGAGGUUCUGUGGCGGUUUAUGGCUCGACAUCAAGAGGAAGAUCCCAUUUUUCUGCAGUGAUAUCUACGAUGGUUUCCAUAUCCAGUCCAUCUCUGCAGUACUCUUCAUCUACCUGGGUUGCAUCACCAAUGCCAUCACCUUUGGAGGGCUGCUCGGAGAUGCUACCGAUAGCUACCAGGGGGUGAUGGAGAGUUUCCUUGGCACUGCUUUAGCAGGAACAGUCUUCUGUGUGUUUGGAGGACAACCGCUGAUCAUCCUCAGUUCAACUGGACCAAUUCUCAUUUUUGAGAAACUCCUUUUUGAGUUCAGCAAGAACAACAACAUCGACUACAUGGAGCUGCGUCUGUGGAUCGGCCUUCACUCGUGUCUGCAGUGUUUCCUGCUGGUUUUCUCAGAUGCCAGCUACAUCAUCAAAUACAUGACCCGCUUCACCGAGGAGGGCUUCUCCAGCCUCAUCUCCUUCAUAUUCAUCUCUGAUGCCAUCAAGAAGAUGGUAGGGUCAUUUAAGUAUUAUCCAAUCAACCGUGGAUUCAAGCCUGAUUACGUAACGUCCUACAAGUGUGAAUGCUUCGCUCCAGACCAGGCGUCUGCUCUGGGUUUGAAUGUUUCAGCUCCGCUCGCGGACAAUAACGCAACUCUGCUGUUUAACUUGACAGAUCUGGACUGGAGUCAGUUGAGUAAGAAGGAGUGUGUGAAAUACGGCGGUAUGUUGGUGGGGAACUCCUGUAAGUAUGUUCCUGACCUGGCCCUCAUGUCCUUCAUCCUCUUCUUCGGCACCUACUCCACAACUGUGUCUCUGAAGAAGUUCAAGUCCAGCCGCUACUUCCCAACGAAGCUUCGUUCCUUGAUUGCUGACUUUUCCAUCAUCAUCUCCAUCCUGCUCUUCUGUGGGCUGGACCGUCUGCUGGAGCUGGAAACACCCAAACUGCACGUGCCCACAGAGAUCAAGCCAACACGUCCUGACCGUGGUUGGAUCGUGAUGCCAUUCGGUAAGAACCCCUGGUGGUGGUAUGUGGCGAGCUUCGUCCCCGCUCUCCUGGUGACCAUCCUCAUCUUCAUGGACCAGCAGAUCAGCGCCGUCAUUGUCAACCGCAAGGAAAACAAGCUAAAGAAAGGGUGUGGCUACCACUUGGACCUGUUCUGGGUGGGAGUUCUGAUGGCCGUGUGCUCCUUCAUGGGCCUUCCAUGGUACGUGGCCGCCACCGUCAUCUCCAUCGCACACAUCGACUCUCUGAAGAUGGAGAGCGAAUCCAGCGCCCCCGGCGAGCAGCCGCAGUUCCUGGGAGUCAGAGAGCAGCGGCUGACGGGAAUCCUGGUGUUUGUGCUGACUGGACUCUCUGUAUUCCUCGCUCCUGUACUUCAGUACAUCCCCAUGCCAGUCCUCUAUGGAGUCUUCCUCUACAUGGGAGUGGCAUCGCUAAGUGGCAUCCAGUUCUGGGAGCGUAUCAAGCUGUACCUGAUGCCUCCCAAACACCAGCCAGACUUCUCUUUCCUUCGUCACGUCCCCCUGAGACGAGUCCAUCUCUUCACCCUGGUACAGAUCAUCUGUCUGGCGGUGCUCUGGAUCCUUAAAUCCACCUUCCUGGCUAUCAUCUUCCCAGUGAUGAUUCUGGGUCUGUUGGUUGUUCGGAAGCUGCUGGAUCUCAUGUUCUCACAACAUGACCUAGCCUGGCUGGAUGACAUCCUGCCGGAUAAAGACAAGAAGAAGAAGGAAGAUGAGAAGAAGAAGAAGAAGGAGAAGAAGAUGGUGGCGCCGGAGAGUGAUGAGGAGGAGAUGAACCCGUACUCAACAGUCGCGUCCGAUCAGAACGAGCUAGACCGCAGCAUCACUCUGCACCUGAAGAUCGCCUGCCCCCCCUCACCUGCCCACUCCCAGACGAGCCUGGCCCCCGUGGACCCCCAGCUGCAGCGGCCCCCGCGCCUUCCCACGCCCCGGGUCAGCAUCCGGGUGGAGUCAGACAGUGAUGAUUCUGGCCUCUACUCCAGUCAGCAACAGUGCAGCCUGCACCCCCCCUCAGACCCGCCACCUGAACCCCAGAGAAACCACUGCAGAAACCAGAACCCCCCCUCUGAAACCCAUAGAGACCGCCACAGAACCCUGCACCCUCACUUCAGGGACUCUGGCACAGAAACGGUUCUGUGAAACCAAACUCCUGCUAGGAGGACGUGCAGACUGGUGCCUCUGAGAACAGCCAGGGAUCAGGCUUCAAGGGGGGCCCAUGUACGCUUCUGUUGGGGGGCCCUUAGACCAGUGUUUUGGAGAUUUAAAACUUUUUAAGAUGAUCUGUGGCAUUAAUUUGUUCCACUUUAAGAAGGAAACAAGUUUUAUUUGUGAAUGUAAAGUUAGAAAAACAAACCUGACCUGCUGACAUUAACUUAGCUGAAGUUAGAAGGGGAAAUUAAAAUAAUAAAAACUGCUCAGUCAGAUCUUUAUAUACUUGUAAGACUUUCAAGUAUAUGAAGUUCGAAGUUCUGACAUUAGUUUUCUUGGACAUUAGUAAGAAAACAUAAAGUUGUUUUUUUUUUAGUUUUUUUUUUUGCAUGUUUGUACGUUUAAAAGCUUAAAUUCUGAUGUUUUUUUAAAUUG